AUGUACUUGUUAGUAAGCGCUCUGCUCCUGUUCAUCGCAACUGGAGCAAGGGGCGGCUCGAGCCUUCCUUUUUUCGUCUUCCUUGGCAUUUGCUGCUUCGGCCUGCUCCCUGCAGUCCACUAUCUCCGGAAAGGCUACAGUGAGCAGGAGCAGAUAUCUCAGAGCCUCAGCCAGUUUGACGUCUGUGCAUUGCAAUGCCGUAGCGACUUCGACAAGCGCUUUAUCCACUCCGCCGUGAUGCAGUGGUACGGAAGCCUUGGGGAGUUCAACAUGUUCGUUCGGGGUCCUCUGAAAGAUGAGAUCUUGCAGACGAUGCUGGUGAGUCGAGUGCCGCUUCACUACAUCAUCCUGUGCGUCACCCCCGCCAUGGGCCUUCAGCUUGAUUUCCUGGCAGCGUUGCUGGCUGCAGGGCUCCCCUUUGAGGCAUGGGGUAAAUGGCUGUUUGGCCAACUGGCACUGACCAUGUUGGUAGUAUCUGAGCUGAAAUGCUUCUUCUGGUUAUCAAAACGGUUUGCGAAGCCGUUCUUCUCCCAUCCAGCUCUGGAUUUUGGGCAGACUCUUUUGGUGGUCAUCCUGUUUGCAUGUUGCCUGCUUCCCCCCUUCGUCGCCGUGUUCAGAUCCUCCAAUGCGAGUCUGAUGGGUGCCAUAUUCACGUUCCUG